AUGGCAUCUUUCUUUUCUGAUUUUGGCAUUAUGUGGUACUUGAAAGAGCUAAACAAGAGGGAAUUUGUGAAGUUUAAGGAGUUCCUCAAACAGGAGAUUUUGCAAUUUGGGCUGACAAUUUCUUGUACAGAAGUGAAGAGGGCAACUCGGGAAGGCCUUGCCAACUUACUGUUAAAACAUUAUGAAGAGAAACAAGCCUGGAAUAUAACCUUCAACAUUUUUCAGAAGCUCAAUAGAACGGAUCUCAUAGAGAGGGCAAAACGAGAAAUUGCUGGACACCCAAAGUUAUAUCAAGCUCAUUUGAAGACAAAGCUGACCCAUGACAGUUCCAGAGUAUUCACCACUAUUAUUCAGGAUUUACUUAAGGAGAAUUUCACCCAGAAUGACCGUGCUUAUUUUGAGAACCUUCUCCCAUCAAAUAGAACUGUGAUGAGGCCUCAAGUCGUGGUCAUAAAAGGUAUGGCUGGAAUUGGCAAGACACUAAUUUUGAAAAAGUUAAUGUUUGCCUGGUCGAAAGGCCUGUUGUUUCAAAACAAUUUCUCCUACAUCUUCUACUUCUGCUGUCAAGAUGUGAAGCAGUUGAAAACAGCUAGUCUGGCUGAAUUGAUCUCCAGAGAGUGGCCUGGUUCCUCAGCUCCCAUAGAGGAGAUUCUAUCCGAACCUGAGAAACUCUUAUUUCUCAUUGACAGUUUAGAAGGUAUGGAAUGGGAUCUGUCCGAAUGUGAAUCAAAGCUGUGUGCUAAUUGCAUAGAGAUGCAGCCCGUGAAUGUAGUGCUGAGCAGUUUGCUCAUGAGAAAGAUACUUCCUGAAUCAUCUCUCAUUAUCUCAACUACUCCAGAGACAUUUGAGAAAAUGGAGAACAGGAUUAAGUAUACAAGUGUAAGAACAGUAACAGGAUUGAAUGAGAGCGAUAUUAUAUCAUGUUUCUACAACUUGUUCCAAGAUAUGAACAGAGCCCUGGAAGUCUUCAGUUUGGUGAGAAAAAAUGAGCAGCUGUUCAAUAUAUGUCAGGCCCCAAUAGUCUGCUGCAUGAUAGCUAAAUGUCUUAAAAAUGAGAUAGAGAAGGGAAAAGACCCAAUAUCUCUCUGCCGACAUAUCACCUCCCUAUAUACUACAUAUAUCUUCAAUCUGUUCAUUCCCCAAAAUGCCCAAUAUCCAAGUAAGAAAAGCCAAGACCAGAUGCAGGGGUUGUGUUUUCUUGCUGCAGAGGGCAUGUGGACUAACACAUUUGUAUUUAGUGAGGAGUCUCUCAGACGGAAUGGGGUCAUGGACUCUGACAUCCCCACACUGCUGGACAUUGGAAUGCUUGUAAAGAUCAGGGAAUCUGAAAGUUCUUACAUAUUCCUCCACCCAUCUGUCCAAGAAGUCUGUGCUGCAAUCUUUUAUUUUCUAAAGAGCCAUGAAGACCACCCUAGUCAAUAUGUGAAAUGUAUAGAUAUACUCAUCUUUAUGUUUCUAAAGAAAAUCAAAACAGAGUGGAUCUUUUUAGGCUGUUUCAUCUUCGGCCUUUUACAUGAAUUGGAACAGAAAAAACUAGAUGCAUUCUUUGGCCACCAGUUGUCCCAGGAAAUAAAACAUCAGUUCUAUCAGUGCUUGGAAACCAUAAGAGGCAAUGAAGAGCUUCAAGAACAGAUAGAUGGCAUGAAGUUGUUUUACUGUCUGUUUGAGAUGGAGGAUGAAGCCUUCUUAAUACAAGCAAUGAACUGUAUUGAACAGAUUAACUUUGUGGCUAAAGAUUAUUCUGAUAUUAUUGUUGCUGCCUACUGCUUAAAACACUGUUCUACCCUGAAGAAAGUAUCCUUUUCAACCCAAAAUAUUCUGAAUGAAGAACAGGAAUACAGCUCUAUGGAAAAGCUUCUCACCUACUGGAAUCAAAUGUGUUCCAUAUUCAUAAGCAAUAAGGACAUCCAGGAACUCCAAAUUAAACAAACUUGUCUCAGUGAUCCAGCCUUUUCUGUCUUUUAUAAUCAUUGGAAGCACCGCACCUGCACCAUUAAAAUACUUAAGGCAAAUAUGGUGUCCUUUUUAUGUGAAAAGCACCUAUUCUUUGAGUUUAUUCAGAACCACAAUUUGCAAUAUUUGGACUUCAGCUUCACUUGCCUCUCCCACAUUAAUGUGGAAUUGUUGUGUGAUGUCUUGAACCAGGCAGAAUGCAAUGUAGAAAAACUGGUGGUAGAACACUGUAACCUUUCACCUGAUGACUGCCAGAACUUUGCCUUCGUCCUGAUGAACAGCAAGACCUUGAAAAUUCUUAACUUGGCAUGCAACAACUUGGACAAAGGGAUAUACUCACUCUGUAAGGCUUUGUGCCAUCCGAACUGUAUUCUGGAGAACUUAGUGUUGGACAACUGUUCCCUCAGUGAGCAAUGUUGGGACUACCUUUCUGAUGCUCUUCGGCAGAACAAAAUUCUGUGCCAUCUAGAUAUCAGCAAUAAUGAACUGAAGGAUAAAGGACUGAAGAUUCUCUGUAAGGCUCUGACUCUCCCAAACUGUGUUCUGAAGUCACUAUGUAUGACCCAUUGUCUCAUCACCUCUAGUGGCUGCCAGGACCUGGCUGAAGUCUUAAGGAAUAACCAGAACCUGAAGGGCCUACAAAUUUCAAAUAAUAAGCUAGAAGAUGCUGGUGUGAAGCUGCUGUGUGAUGCUAUAAAACAUCCCAACUGCCAAUUAAUGGACCUUGGGUUGGAAGCCUGUGAGAUAACUGGUGCCAGUAGUGAGGACCUUUCUUCUGCUUUUCUCCAGUCUAAUACCCUGGGUAGGGUCAACCUGUGUGGGAAUGCCUUUGAAAUUAGUGGAUUGGCUCUCUUUCCACGGUUCUGA